GCCCGCUGGGACCUCAGCCGCCGCCGCCGCCGCCGCCGCAGCCCGGCACGAGCCUCCGCGUCCCCGCGCGGGCGCCGCUUGCCCCGCUGCACCCUGGCUGCCGCCCCCGGGGCCCCGGCCGCCGCGACGCCCGCCAUGGGCGAGGAGGACUACUACCUGGAGCUGUGCGAGCGGCCGGUGCACUUCGAGAAGGCGAACCCGGUCAACUGCGUCUUCUUCGACGAGGCCAACAAGCAGGUUUUUGCCGUUCGGUCGGGUGGAGCUACUGGGGUGGUAGUUAAAGGCCCGGAUGAUAGAAAUCCCAUCUCAUUUAGAAUGGAAGAUAAAGGAGAAGUGAAGUGCAUUAAGUUUUCCUUAGAAAAUAAGAUACUGGCUGUUCAAAGGACCUCAAAGACUGUGGAUUUUUCCAAUUUUAUCCCGGAUAGUUCUCAGCUGGAAUACACUCAGGAGUGCAAGACUAAGAAUGCCAACAUACUAGGUUUCUGCUGGACCAGUUCUACUGAAAUUGUCUUCAUAACAGAUCAAGGAAUAGAAUUUUACCAGGUAUUACCAGAGAAACGAAACCUGAAACUCCUGAAGAGCCAGAGCAUCAAUGUGAACUGGUACAUAUACUGUCCCGAGAGCGCGGUAAUCCUGCUGUCCACCACCGUCCUGGGAAAUGUGCUGCAGCCCUUUUAUUUUCGGGCUGGCACUGUGUCGAAGCUGCCCAAGUUCGAGAUUGAAUUACCAGCUGUGCCCAAGUCAACUAAACUGAAUCUUUCAGAGAGAGACAUCGCCAUGGCGAUGAUAUACGGACAGCUUUAUGUUCUGUUCCUGAGGCAUCACUCUCGGACCUCCAACAGUACCGGAGCGGAGGUAGUCCUCUAUCAUCUCCCACGAGAAGGUCCCUGUAGAAAGGCGCACAUAUUAAAGUUGAAUCGGACGGGGAAGUUCGCCCUAAACGUGGUGGAUGACCUGGUGGUGGUUCAUCAUCAGGACACAGAGACCUCGGUAAUAUUUGACAUCAAGCUAAGGGGGGAGUCUGACGGCACCGUGACUUUCCAUCACCCAGUGCUUCCAGCUCGAUCGAUUCAGCCCUAUCAGCUCCCCACAGCAGGUCCUGCCCCGGUGGCCAGCCAGUCUCCUGUCCCGUGUAAACUCUGUAUCCUUUGCAAAGGCGUUGGUGCUGUGCACAGAAGGGAAGCUGUCACCCCCGUGUUACCCUGGAGCCUGCGAAUGGCCCUGCAGCCCCCUGCGGCAGCCAGGCAGCCAAGAGUAACGUGGGCGCUCUGUGUGGGAAUGUUGGCUUCCCGCUGCGGGUGCGGAACUUGCUACCUCCUAAAUCCAGGUUACCUCUGGAACCUCCAAGUGAAACUUCAGCCCAUAGUAAACCUCUUGCCAGAUAAAGGAAGACUGAUGGACUUCCUCCUCCAGAGAAAGGACUGCAAGAUGGUCAUCCUGUCUGUCUGUUCGCAGAUGUUGAGUGAGUCUGACAGAGCAACGUUACCUGUGAUAGCCACUGUUUUUGACAAACUCAAUCAUGAAUAUAAAAAGUACCUGGACGCUGAGCAGAGUUACACGAUGGCAGUAGAAGCAGGGCAGAGCCGGAACAGUCCACUUCUCAAAAGGCCGGUGCGGACCCAAGCUGUGGUUGACCAGUCUGACCUGUACACCCACGUCCUGUCGGUGUUCACAGAGAAGAAGGAGCUGCCGCCCAAGUUUGUGAUAGCCGUCCUGAUGGAAUAUAUCCGCUCUCUUAACCAGUUUCAGAUUGCGGUACAGCAUUACCUACAUGAGCUUGUCAUCAAGACACUUGUCCAGCACAACCUCUUCUAUAUGCUGCACCAGUUCCUGCAGUACCAUGUCCUCAGUGACUCAAAGCCGCUGGCUUGUCUGCUGUUAUCCCUAGAGAGUUUUUAUCCUCCUGCCCAUCAACUGUCUCUGGAUAUGUUGAAGCGACUUUCGACAGCCAAUGAUGAAAUAGUAGAAGUUCUUCUUUCCAAACACCAAGUGUUAGCCGCCUUAAGGUUCAUCCGGGGCAUUGGUGGCCACGACAACAUUUCUGCACGGAAAUUUUUAGAUGCUGCGAAGCAGACUGAAGACAACAUGCUUUUCUACACUAUAUUCCGGUUUUUUGAACAGCGAAACCAGCGUCUGCGAGGAAGCCCUCAUUUCACACCAGGAGAACACUGUGAAGAACAUGUUGCUUUUUUCAAACAGGUUUUUGGAGACCAUGCUCUAAUGAGGCCUACAACAUUCUGAAAUCACUUGCUAGUUUUUUUUUUUAAUAUAUAUAAAAAUGUGUAAAAAGUUAAUUUAUUGCAAUAAAGCUCUUUAAACUACAAAAUGUUAAAGUUUAUAAACAUCCUCAUAUGUCACUAAAAAUAUGGUAUAGAA